AAACCACAGAGCCACUUCAUCUCUCUUCCUCUCUCUCGAGUCUCCACCUUGAACCCUAAUCUCUCUCCUCCUCAAACCUCUCAAUGACCACCGCCGCACCCUCCCCAGACCAACUCCUUCCACCUCAGCAGACUUCAAGAGUAAGCCCCAAGACAGUGAACGAAGCCGUCACCUCCCUCCUCAAAUGGAAAACCGAAAAAUCAAAGCUCGCGAAGCCACAGCUUCUCGAGCAAGACGAGUUCGUCUACCUCAUCGUCACCUUGAAGAAGAUCCCGCAGACCAACCGCACGAAGCCUCACCGUAUCCUCCUACCGCACCCUCUCAUCAACACGGAGGAAGACUCCCCCGAGCUUUGCCUCAUCAUCGACGACAGACCUAAAAGCGGGUUAACGAAGGAGGACGCCGCGAAGAAGAUCAAGUCCGAUGAGAUUCCGGUCACGAAGAUCCUCAAGCUCUCGAAGCUCAAGACUGAUUACAAGGCCUUCGAGGCGAAGAGGAAGCUCUGCGACUCGUAUGAGAUGUUCUUUGCUGACAGGAGAGUGAUUCCUCUGCUUCCGAGGUUGAUCGGGAAGAAGUUUUUCACGAGCAAGAAGAUUCCUGCUGCGGUGGAUUUGAAGCAUAGGAACUGGAAGGAGCAGAUUGAGAAGGCGUGUGGCUCUGCUAUGUUUUUUGUUAGGACGGGGACGUGUAGUGUUGUGAAAGUUGGGAAGUUGUCGAUGGAGGGGGAUGAGAUUGUGGAGAAUGUGAUGGCGACGUUGAAUGGGGUUGUUGAGGUGUUGCCUGGGAAUUGGAAGUAUGUUAGGUCUUUGCAUUUGAAGCUGUCUGAGAGCUUGGCGUUGCCUGUUUAUCAGAGUGUGCCUGAUUUGAAGCUAAAGAUUGAUGCUUUUGGAAGUGAGAAGAGUGUUGUUGUUGAGGAAGAGAAGAAGAAAGGUGGAAGUGGUGUUGUUGAUGGUGGAGAGAAGAGUGAUGGUGUGAAGGGGAAGAAGAAGAAGGGUAGGAUUCAUGAGGUUAGGUAUAUGGAUAGUAAUGUAUCUGAGGUGCUUGAUGAAGAUGAGAUUGGUGAUGUUGAGGUUAGUAUUGAGUCUGGUGGGGAUAAGGAGAAGAAGAUGAAGAAGAGGAAGAAGGAGGUAAGUGAGGCUGAGAAACCAAAGAAGAAAGUGGUCAAGGGGAAGCUGAAGGAGAAGAGUAAGGAUGAGUUAAAGCCGAAGAAGAAGACAAAGAUUACUAAAGAGGAGUCUGGUGGUGGUUUGAAACCGAAGAGUAAGAAGAAUGUGCUUAGAAAGUAAGGCGAUAGAAGAUGAGAGGGUUACAUCUUUUUUUUUUGGUUCUUACAUGAUUUAUGUUUUUAUCUUAGUGCGGAUUACAUUUGGUGUCUUUCAUAUCGUCUACUGCUGCUUCUCUUGAACAUCUAUCCGGUGUGAAUGUGAACCUUUCUACUUUAUAAACGAGUGUUUUAUCUUGAAUUA